AUGAUCCCCCGUUGGAUCAGCGUGCCAUCCGCCAUCCCCGGCUUGUCUCCUCGUAGGCCCAGAGGCCCUGCGAGUGAAACCUCUCGGCAGCCCUUCUCGUCCCAACUUCGAAGCCAACCACUGCCACCACACCAACUCGAUGCCAUCAUAGGUAGCUUUCGGGUGGGUGACUCACAUCCAGCACAGCCCUGGGGGGGGGGGAUCCUCCAUGCAGUCGGGUCGAACAGGCGACUCGCAUGCGACAUGCCCUUGGUCGCCGCCUUAUCGCGUGGCACUCUCUGGGCGGGUGCCGUUGGUGGGUGUGGCAGCACUUGCAGGCUGCAUCUUAGGUUCUCUCUCGUAGAGAAAAUAUUCCGCGAUCCCCAGUAUCCGUACGCGAUUUCGACCACGGCCGUGCUUCUUUACCCGUCGGCGUUAAGUUUAUGCCACGGCCCCCUUUGCGAGCCAUGCUCCCUCCUCGCUGGUGUACGGAGUAGCUGCCUUUCCUUUUACCCCUCAUCUCUCGCCCUGGUAUCCCUUCCCUUCUCUUUUUGCUCGCUCACCCGCCAAAUUCCAAGUGACAAUGUCAUGAAUGCCCGAACCCGGAAGUGCGGACAAAAUUCAUGCGGAGGGCAAGCCAACCUGGUCAUGGAAAACCCGGGAACCCACAACUGUGAGCAACGAACACUGAGCAGUGUGGGAACUGCAGUAGCUGGACUUAAGGGAGAGGAGCCGGUAGCCGUAAGGUUUAAUUAA